AUGAACGACUCAAGGAAACCUCACACCAUGGUCUUGCCUACUAGGGACUUUACCCAUGGUGAAGCAUCUUAUUGUCCCUUCCCUACCGUCACUGCAGCCUUCCUUCACCAUGCUGCGGCUAUUCCCUCAGCCAAGGCUGUUAGAGACUUGUCUGCUAAUAUAGAAAGGGUGCUUACAUAUCGGGAGCUAGCCAUCCAUGCGCAGUCACUUGCGUCACGGCUGCGAAGGUUGGGCGUGGGCCCUCACCAAACAGUCCCACUGGUUGUCAAGCGGGGGGCUGAGAUGGUAAUUGGUAUAUUGGCCAUAUUGUCCUGUGGUGCACAGUAUGUGCCGCUUGAUGGUGGAGUCGUCCCGGAUUCUACAAUCAAGCUUGUUGCGGAGCAGUGCGGCGGACAGAAUGUUGUCUGCAUAACUUCAACCCAAGACCGCAUCAAAAAGCUCCUGCCUACGCAUAGCCCCGUAGUUAUUGAGCAGACUCCAAUUGAGGAUCAAGAAUAUGAUGCUCCAGAGUCUUGGGUUGAUCAUGCGUCUGCUGACGGUGGAUGCUACGUCAUCUAUACAUCUGGAACCACUGGAAAGCCAAAAGGCGUGGAUGUUACGCAUAAAAACGUGACCAACCUUGUGUGCCUGUCUCCCGGUGGGCUGGGCGUCCAGCCGGGAAUGUCUGUUGGACAAGUGCUCAACAUCAGCUUCGAUAUGGCUGCGUGGGAGAUUUUCUCCUGUCUUUGCAAUGGCGGCACGCUCGUUCUCAGAGGCUCCAAGUGGGAGCCUACAGUUCGACAGCUUGAUGUAUUCAUUUGCACACCCACAAUCUUGUCAAAGUACCACCCAAAACUAUAUCCCAACAUCAAAGUUGUCGCAACCGCUGGAGAACCUACCUCUCAGGACCUGGCCGAUCUCUGGGCAACAUAUGCAACAUAUUGGAACUGUUGUGGACCCACCGAAACCACCAUUGUCAACACAAUGUCGAAGCAUGUCGCUGGCGACCCUAUUUCCAUUGGCCGGCCGACUCCCAACAACUCGGUUUACAUUUUAGACAAUGACGGCAGACCCGCGCCCGUGGGUGUGGCUGGUGUAAUGUGGGCUGGCGGCCACGGCGUAACUCGUGGCUACGUGGGGCUUGAAUCCAAGACAAAGGAAACGUACAUUCCAGAUCCGUUCGCAAAUGACGGAUCCAACAUGUACUGCACGGGCGACCUGGGCAGGUGGAGAGAAGACGGGAACAUUGACAUCUUGGGCAGAGUGGACGAUCAGGUCAAGGUCAAGGGUUUCCGAGUGGAACUUGAUGGAAUAUCAUCUUCGCUGGCUUCCGCACCUGGAGUUACCCGUGCAACCGCCCUUCUCAUCGAGGGAGACAUCCAUGGGUUCACAACGCCAUCGGGUCAAGACGAGCAAUCGAUCCUUGCCCACACGAAGAAAUUGCAGCCGUACUAUGCCAUUCCGUCCAAGCUUCACCAGCUUCAAACGUUCCCCACUACAGCCAAUGGCAAGAUUGACAAGAACGCUCUCCGUCUCAUGGCUCUUGCGCCUGAACCAAAGCACGAGACACAGAAUUACGACGAGGAGGCUGCCAUCGGCAGCGACCAGAGCACUCUGGCCGAGGUUAGGUCCAUAUCGACUUCGUCCACACUGACAGAACUAGAGAAGCCCAAGCUCGACAUUUCCAAGGAGGUUCCGGACAAGAAACUGCCCAAGCAUUUGCGAGGGUUCCGACACCGUAUUGCCAUCGUCUAUCGAUUUCUAUUUAGUCUCAUUGGCCUGCUCAAUGUUGGUGCGCUCAUUGCCCUGCUCUUGGUCAACCCAGGAGCCGAGUGGCUCGCCACCCUCACGGCGGCCAACCUGGUCCUUGCGGUUCUGGUCCGCCAGGACGUCGUCAUCAACACGCUCUACACUAUUACUUGUUCUCUCCCCAAGUCGGCUCCCCUCUGGAUGCGAAAGCGUUUUGCAAAGAUCUACCACCUGGGAGGUGUUCAUUCCGGUGCUGGAGUGUGUGCCACCGCGUGGCUUCUCGGGUCCACAUUCCGGUCAACAGUGGCUUAUACACAGAACAAGACGAAUGAUUCAAUUGCAACCAUCAUGGUUUCAUGGAUGCUGUGUGUAUUGUGCUGUGGUCUGGUGGGAUUUGCGUACCCUACAUUCCGGAAGAAGUACCACGACCAAUUUGAGGGAAUUCAUCGGUUUGUUGGCUGGACAGCGCUGGGUCUGUUUUGGGUACGCACCAUGUUCUCCGUGCGAGAUGUCACGCCGGCUGGUGAAGACUUUGGACUUGCACUCGUGAAAACGCCAGGAUUCUGGAUGCUUGGUGUGGCCACCUGCAGCGUCGCCUCCUCAUGGUUUUGGCUGCGCAAGGUACCUGUCAAUACUGUGCCGCUUUCGGACCACGCCGUCGUUCUUUCGUUUGACUAUACGGUUCCCGUGAAUGGCAGCUUCACGAGAAUCUCAAAACGCCCACUUUUCGAAUGGCACUCAUUUGCCACGAUUCCAGCUCCGAAGCCGUCAGCUAUUGCCGAGAAGCCUGGUUAUUCUCUCGUUGUUUCGAAUGCCGGUGACUGGACCAGGGAUUGCAUCCAGAACCCGCCCACUCAGCUAUGGGUGCGUGGCCUUCCCACUUGUGGUGUUAUGCGAAUUGCUACUUUGUUCAACCGCAUUGUUGUUAUCGCCACGGGCUCCGGAAUCGGCCCUCUGCUCGGACACAUUGGCCAGCCCAGCUGCCCGACUCAGCUCAUCUGGUCAACACCAAAUCCUGAGCAGACGUUUGGCAAAAAGGUUCUUGACACGAUUUACGACUCUAUCCCAGAUGCCGUCAUUCACGAUACCAAGAAGCUGGGUCGCCCCGAUCUGGUCAAAAUGGGCUACAAUCUAGCCAAAGACUUUGGAGCCGAAGCUGUUAUUAUUAUUGCAAACGAGAAGAUCACCAAAAAGGUGGUCUACGGCCUCGAGACUCGAGGACUUCCCGCAUACGGAGCCAUCUGGGAUAGUUGA